CAAAUAGAUUUCGAUAGGGAUCAAACAGCGCGAGAGGAUUCAUCCCAGGCAAAACAACGGCAGCUGAGCCCGUUGCGAACUGGUAAACAAUUCAGUAAAAACAACUACCCGAAAACAGUCUGGUAAGCAGAAUGCAUUUCACACGCAUGAAACAGUCAUUAAAUUACCUGCUUAAUUUCGGAUUUAACUGAUAUUUGCUGAUUUCGAAGCACGGUCGUUUUAAUGUGCAGUAUCAACUGAUUUGCCCCAGCUUUCACGUGGGCUCGAAGUUGCAAAACUCUCGUUCAGUAACACUCCCGAGUAUGGCCUCAAUCAACGGAUGCAAAAGAUUUUGCACACUUGAUAAUGUUAUACUGCAGAAAGCACUAUAUUUAUGAGCCACGAUCGCCAACAUUGCAGCAGAACCAGUAAAUAUCAAUGGUAAAUAUCAAUGGUACUUUACAAUGAAGUUGGGAAGUUGUUUCAGCAACAGGCAACUAGAGGUAAGAAUUUUGAUUUACUGUUCUCUACCAAACCACGAGUGAAUUGUAUAUUGAGUAUAAUCUCAUAUCCGAAUUUCAAGCACAACCGCAAUCACGUCUUAGCAGAAGGAAAUAAAAAAUAGAUUUCUUGUUGUAACAACAUCAAUUCUGAAGACAAGAGCACUAAACUUUACUAAACGUUUUUACCCACCGGUUGCUCCUUAUAUACAGACAGGCCUAUUAAUCCAUGAGAGAAACAGAGCACUAUCAUGGUCAAUUUGACGCCCCCACAACCAUUAUUUGAAUCAAUAAUAAUUCACUUUUUAUAAUUCUUGAAGGGAAAUGACCAUUUGUUUCGCUUCGCAACAAUCCAUUGUGCCAUCAUCAUGCUUGAAAAUAUUCGAUAAUUGUUGAUAGCUACAUUUGCCUCACUUGCAAUGGCAAUACACAUGCGUCUAAGUGUGUUUAAGAGUAUGUCUGCUGGGCAAGACAAUUCUUUUAAAUUUUAAUUAUUCGUAUAUUAAGUUUUAGCUGAGCCACCCUACACUCUUUUUUUUAUAAGAACAAUUUUAAAAGAACAGGAGCCUCAAAACUGGUCAAAAGUUAAGAACAAAUUAAGAACAAGCUGAGGCUGAGCUUCUGAAAAAUGCAAUUUUGAACAACGUUUUUUCUCAAAAUCGAGGAUUUUUCGCGAUGUGUGGGUGCUUUUUCGGUGAAUAUUCAAAAUUUGUCAACAAAUUAAGGCUGUCUCACUCACUUUGUUGGCAAAUGUGGCCUGAACACCUUCUUAGAGCGAAAAGCUAGCAAUAGCACUGCUUACACCCUCUUAAUUUAAGAGCAAUCUAGAACAAUCCAGCCUCAGAUUUUCGAAAAAAUUAAGAACAGUCAGCCUGAGCCUUAAAUUUACUGGUUCUUAUGAAAAAAAGAAUGUAUUCUGAAAAAUUAGUGUAUUCUGAAAGCUUAAAUUGUUUUAACAUCACUCUUAAACAGGAAACAUUUUUGGUAAAGACUUAUCUUCUGUCUUUCCUCGUCACGAAAACAUUCUAGGAAUCGAGUGACAUACUAGUGCAAUACAAGCUUGGUGAGCGUUCCGCAGACUUGUUGCGUUGCAAAAAAUUCACAUAGAUAAAAUUUCAAAUUAUCGAUGAAGUUCGAGCUUUGCUAUUUUUCUUAAUAAUUAGUUUAAAAAUUUUGGGCCUCAAUGUUCUUAUAAAAUUUAUUCUUGUAAAGCUUUCAACUAACAAUAUGAAGAUUACAUAAUAUGACUUGUCAGUUGGCCUAAAAAUGCAACUAGGGACAAGAAGUGACCUUUUCGAGCAAAAUAUUGUUCGAUUCAUGUAAUAUCACGUGGCCUCUGUCAUCCCGACAAUAGGCCCGAUUUGAGAAAAGUCUGCUUUGUGUGUUAAAGAGGAUUAUGUAUUAGAAUGUCGAUUUUUUGAUAAGACAUGCUGGCCGCUGGUUUUCCAGGAUAGUAUUCGUACGAUUAAAAAUUUGAGCAUAUGGAGUUAACUGGUCUGAAAAUUUUUUGUUAAAGUUGGUAUAGUCUUUCGCAAAAUUUUUAUUGCUUGAAGAUGGAUGAAAAACAGAAAGUGAGUUAUGAUGCUGGCAGGCUAUGGUGCAGCAUAUCUAUUUAUCAGCUGUUUUUGUCUUCUGUUUCCAGCUUAUCGUUUCUUUCUCACAACCUUUAACCCCAGCUUUUAAGUCAUUUAAUUUUUCACAAUCAAACGACGUUCUCCUCGUGUGCACGCGCGGCCUAAGUGUUUUAUUAAGACGAUUAAACUACCAAGGCGCAGCCAGAGAGAGAUAUCUAGCUCCGAAUGACAGUUAAGGUGACAAAAGUGAUUCAUAUCUUGCGUUCUUGCACUUGAAUUUUGCAUUAUAUGUUGAUUUAGACAUGGAGACCAUCAUUUACAUUGGUUUCUGUCUGAGGGGUUUUUCCCAUGAUCAGACUGUUUAACUUUUAUCACCGUAUUUCAUAAUUAAAUAAUUGCAAGGAAAUUUGGUGGCGCUGGCUCAAAAAGUUUGCGAGGAGAAUUCUGUUUAGUCUGCGCAAGUAAACAGGCUGCUAAAGAAGAGUAGGGAAGAAUUUGUCGUCAAUAUUGAAAUCAUGUGAAACUUGUUGCGCAUCAAUUCUUUUCUGAAAGCUCACUUUUGCCAACAAGCAAUACAUUAAAUAUUUCCGACGCCGGGAAAUAUAUCUAAGCAAUAAAUUCAAUAUAUAUAUCUCAUGAAAGAUAUAGUGAACAAAACAAUGCCAUGCUUUUGACGCACAGUGUGACGUCAGGUCCGCCUCUUCAUCAUUCCUAUCAGUUGGGGCUGGCAUCCUUACUCUUGUGAUCAAAUAUUUAUAAUUCUAUUCAGACUCGAUCCCGUUACCAACGCUCAUCCGUACCUGCAGUUUUAAGGUGGGUUCAGGGGGGGAGCAUGCCCCCUGGCCCCGCGUUUAUGAAAGCCAAAUGGGGCCCCACACCUAAGAAAAAAGAUCGAAAUUGUAAAGAACAAGGACCCCGCACCUGUUUUUGGCCCCGGGCCCCGCUGUCCCUAAAACCGCUGCUGUGACCGUACCAUGCCCCAACUAUAUUAUUUAAACAUCGGUCAGAAACAAAAUUAUGAUGUAAGGGGUUCAGUCUUGAUCUCUCUAUUAACCGUAUUUUAGAAAACUGGGUCCAAUUCCCUUUGCUGGUCUUGAUUUGGAAAAGUUAGUCAAUUUUAUUCUAGGGUAGAUCCUACGUGCGGUCUGCCCCCAAAAAUUUCCUAGUUGCGCCCCUGCUUACACUCAGUUACUAACAGAAACUGAUAAUGUAGUCAUUGCGAUUCAGUUCAACAAUUAGUGCAUUCACCCAUUAGAACAUAAUUAAGGAACUUUGGCCCUGUGAGAGUUCGAAGAAACGGAUGUUGACUGUUUUGACCUGCUCAGUUUUUGGCCGUUUACCACGGUGAGGUUGUGUUCAGUUCAAUUUCGUAGCUCCCAGCUCAGCUUUUCAUAAUAAUUGUGGUUAUAAUGCUUUUCAAAGGCGACGCUCAUCGAUAAUGCACAAGUAUCCAUAAAUUUCGGCUAGCGCAAUCGAUGAUCGUAUUAAAGAUUAACCUCCUCUAGACAAAGAAGGUUCUACGUCAUUCAUUAAUUCAAAUAUGCAAUAUUAUCUUAUCAGUGGCCUUGCAUUCUAAAAUUUAAUUUUGUACUCAACAUUCCCCCGGAUUUUCCCUCGUGAUUUUUGUUGUUGCAGCUGCUUGAGCUGUUGUACUGGUUGCUUUGGUAAUAGUUAAUGGUGUCAUAAAAACGGUAUUUUAAUGGUGUAUUAAUUUCUCCACUUUUUUUUGAAGUCUUCUCCUUUAAAAUUCAUCAAAACUAGGCAGACUCAAAAGUAAUUAUUUCAACAAGUACCAAAUUUCAAAAUCUAAUUGUUUCAAUUUUUUCAGCCUUCAACAAUUUUACUGAAAAAAUCUAUAAGAUUGCAAAAUCUGUAAUUGUAAUCAUGUAGAUUGGUGUUGUGAUUAUGGAUGUUGUGAUGGACAGCUAGAAAGUCCCACCCUAUGCUGUAUAGCACGUGAAAUACAACAGCAAUAUGUAGAAAUGAUAAUUUUUCUGGUUAACUAGUUAAAGCGAGUUAUAAGAGCUUCAGCUGAAAAGCUUAAAAAAGUUUUUGCAAAUGAGGUGAACUAGAGCAAAGUCUUAAGAACAAGGAUAUAAAAAGUUUUUUGAGCAAACAAGAAAAUGAAAAGAAAGAGUCAGAAAGAAAAUUUAUCUGACUUUCACUCGAAACAUUUAAGGUACAUUCGUCAAUCUUGUAUUGUUUUGCAUAUUUCAUUUCCUGAAUUUUUUUCAGGAUAAAUGAACUUAGUGGCGAUGAUUUAAAUUUUUUUUGUCGAUUCUUACCAAUGUUACACGAUUGGCUGCUCAAGAAUGAUGUAAGGAUUAUUUUAGGUUCAGAAUAAGAAAGGGCUCGUGCCAUUGACGAUCAUGCAAUCAUUGACGAUCAGAUUCAGCAACUGAUCAGCAAACGCACAAAAUAGGUUGUUUCAAUUAGGAAUAUUUGUCAAAAGAUCAAAUAUGGGACAGAAGAGACUCCAAGCCUUAUUCUAAUGUCUGAAGUAUAUAUUAUUCUCAAAUAAAUACAUACCGAAAUACUUGUUAGGAUUUUGUAGCUUUUGCUAUAAGGAGAAUUACGAUUUAUUAUUUUCACAUAUUUGCUGAAGGCUUUAAACAUUUGUUUUUACACACAGAGCCUGCGAGCAUGACGCAAUUCAGAUUAUCUAAUGUGCGAGCCUAUAUUCUGAAUGAAAGAUUGUUAGCACGUCAAAUGACAUGUUUCGUUUGCAAAAUGGGCAUGACGUAUUUCAAAUACAGUUGGAAAAAAUAAAAUAUCGUUUUCUCGAUUUCUUAAGGACAGUGGUGAUUUUUAAGGGGGCGGAGCCAAAUUUAUUGUGUCAAAUGGUUAAAUCUUUUCUUGACUUAAGAGGGCUCAGCCCCCCUCAAAUAUUUCUGCAUUGACCUGGCUUUCUAAAAAUUCCUCUUGUUUCUGAAUAGUCUAGGAAUGCUUUAUUUGUAACGAUCUCGACGUAUGGUAAACACAAAUUAAUUAUUUCAUCCCGUGCAUAUUCGCUAAUAAUGAUCAUUUAUUUGAGGCUACUUUGCUGUAUCGAAAAAUCGUGUUUUCACUGCCUCCUAAAGCUGCAAUACCUUUGGAGAAACUGUCGCGAAAUGCACUGGCUUUCUUCGGCAUUCGAUAUUUUAUUUGCACUUAUGAAAAGAUGGGUGUGGUCAUACGAAACUGUCCCUUUAAUAAUAUUUUUACAAAAUCACUUUUGCUGGUCUGGUCUUCAACAUUUUCUGGGGGUUAAGCCCCAGGACCCCUUUUGUUAGACUCGUGUUUGCCUUCGAAUGCCAAAAAAUAGCGGAAUAGAGGAAAUACCAAAAAGGGUUAUACAGUAAAUUAAACAAACUUGCACCUUUUCCGGAUUUGAAACCCGACUGUUGAUGAUCUUUGGUACACGAGAUUUUGCACGUACCUGGCACCUUUAGAAAAUCUGCAUAGAACGUAUGUUUAAAAGUGACGUCAUUUUUUAAAAUAUUACCUUCAUCAUAAACCUAAACUACAUAGCACAGUUAAAAGUGCAUGAAGAAAAAGAUCAAUUAUUGUUAGAAAGUGCUAUUAGAAAGAUUAUGCCUUACGUGAAUUUCUUGUCUAAAUAUGUGGUAUGUAAUACGUCAGAUAUGUGAAUUUGUCUGACGGAAUGUUGGACCCGCUUGGCCACUUUGUGUGACAACAUAACAUUCACUUGAUGGUGUUGAAUAGACUGGAGAGAAUAGAAAGUGUUUUUCGUCAAACAAUAUAUGUUAUUUUUAAAACGCCCACACACAAAAUUUUGAUGGUAAAACUGUUGCUGUUCGUUGUUGCCCAAUUGGUGAUAGUAAAACUUAGGUAAAAAGUAGUUAGCAAAAUGACUGAAGAUGAAGAGACAUUUUUCCCCGGAGAUAUGUUGCUUGAACAGAAAAUUUUUAUCUCGAAUCGAACGAGUAGUAGAGUUUGUUGAAAGGAUAUUUCUAUUUGACCAGUGACUCACAACAUAGACGAGUAGAAUUACGAAAUGAAUAUUGAUGUUCGCCGUGGUGAUGAUGAUGGUGGUGGCGUUGAAAUUUUAUGUUUGACGAGUGUUUCAUACUUUCAAGGUUAUUUAUCGCAAAGUAACAAUACAAGAGACCUUGAAGAAUUCAAUGUUUUAUAUUGAGACAUUGUCCCUGCAAUUCAAAGGUAGAAGAAAAUAGUAAACACAGAACAUAUGUGUUAUGUUUUAUAUCUCUCCUUUAAUUAUGGUCUUCCUCGUCUGUAACGUCUUCGCGUUUGUUUCAUAUAAUGCUUGAUCCCUUUUUAACUGACUUAUGAACAGUCUGUCUUUGGUAUAUCUUCGUCGCUUGGCCUUUAUAUACUAGUUUCUGAACAUUCAUCGUUAAAAAUUGAACCAGCCGCUGUUCAUACCAAUGGCGUCGUCGGACAUCCGUCGUUUUAUUAUUAUUAUUAUUAUUAUUAUUAUUAUUAUGGCUAAUUAAGUGAUUCACAGACACCUAGAUGUUAAUUUGUCCGGAUAAUAUAGAAGGGAGCAGUCAGCAACAAGCUGACAAAGGUCCCAUUCUGUCAUCUCAAGUUUACAUAGACAAUGUCUGUCUCAAAAUCCUGGCUGUUCCUAGCAGUGCUGUCUUUUGUAUCACCUGUAACUUUACAUCAAUUCCGAUCUUUUCCAUGUGCUCUUCAAAACAAUAUGAUAUACAUCCUAAUGCCCCAAUCACAACAGGGAUGACUGUCACCUUCUUCAUAUUCCACAGAUUUCCGAUUUGCUCCUUUAAUGGUUGAUAUUUCUCAAUUUUUUCUUGUUCUUUACCUUUUACCCUAUUAUCACCAGGAAUGGCAACAUCGAUUAUCUUCACAUGCUUUUUUUCUUGUCAACAACAACAAUGUCCGGCCUUCUUGCUUCAACAACCCUAUCACAUUGAAUCAUAAAAUCCCACAGUAGCUUAAACUUGUGAUUCUCUAAAACUCCUUCAGGUUUCUGCUCAUACCAUUUUGUGGCUCUUUCAAAUCCGCACUUUUCGGCCAACAACCAAUGAAUAUACCUUGCCACAUUGUCAUGUCGUCUUUUAUAUUCUGUUUGUGCCAGUUAUAGCACAUUCGCUCACCAGAUGACUAACUGUUUCUCCCUUGUCACCGCACAUUCUACAUAAAGGCGUAUCACUUGUUUUAUCAAUGUAGUGCUUGGUAUAAUUAGUGAGCAGCGCCUGCUCCUGUGCACUACACACUAAUGCUUCAGUGCACCCUUUCAGAUCUCCGUUCCUUAACCAUGACCAGCUUUUUUCCCAAUCAAUUCCGUCAGUAUUCUUAGUAAAUUGCCCAUACAUCGGCUUAUCUUUCCAUCGUUUCUCCAAGCGCCUUUUUGUCGGUGCUACUGCCUCCUCAGUAUUCAUUGCCCCAAGGUCUCUCACUUUUGACAUAAUAUUGCUUCUAGCAUGCUUCACAUACCAAGCCAGAUUGUUUUUCUCAUUUUCAAUACAAUACUCACAACUUAUCAGCCCCCUACCACCCUUUUUCCUGCUAACAUAAAUUCUUGCUACAUCGCUUCUAGGAUGAAGUUCUUUAUUCAUUGUCAUUAAUUUCCUGGUUCUUCUGUCCAUACUUUCUAGCUCGUCUUUUCUCCAUUUAAUUAUUCCUGCUCCAUAGCGCAUCAAGGAGAUUGCCCAGGUAUUUGUUGCUUCAAUCUUAUUCCUUCCAUUGAGUUUUGACUGCAUGACAAGUCUAACUCUUCUGAAAUAUUCUCUUUGAAAUAUUUUCUUCAUCUCCUCUUCUUUAAUUCUAUCCAACUCUGUUAUUCUGCUAUUCUAGUAAUUAUUAUUAUUAUUAUUAUUAUUAUUAUUAUUAUUAUUAUAUUUUUAUUGUCAAAAUUGUUUCUGUUGCUUUUUGUUGUGUCCACUAUACUGCUGGCUAAUGCCUAGGCAGACUAUUUUUGUUGUUCUAUUUUCUUUCAUAAAAAGUUUUAACAAUCUCGCAGUUUUGGCUGAGUACCCAUUUUUGACAUUGUUCGAUUACUAAUUUUGCCUCCUUCUCUCCUUCACAUAGUCUCUUGAUAUGACACUCCAAUUGCUUGCUGUAACAGCCUAGAAAGUCAAAUACAACAUUGAUUUGAUCUAUUUCGUAUCCACGAUUUAACCGUUCCAGUGACUUUCUCAUUUCAGAAUACUUGUCUUGUUUUUCUUUCUCUCUCUUGGCAAUACAUCCAGGUGCACAUAUAGUCCCCUCUAUCAAACUGACCUUUUUUCCUACUUUGUCAAUUAUCAGCAUAUCAGGCUUAAUGGCAUUGUUGCUUGGUCUUUUGUCUAAGUGCAUCGGUAUGUCCCACAUAAUCUUAGCACGAUCAUUUUCGAUGCUUGCAAGAGGUAAUGCUUGCUUGUACCAUGGAACUCCACGAUUAUUUCCAUCAAAUUCAAACUUUGCUCGUAUUAGAUGAUAAAUAGGUCUUAACAUUCUAUCGUGUCAUGCCUUGUAGAGUGUUUGUGCUAAUGCUGCACAGGAGCACAGCAAAUGAACGACUGUUUCUUCUGCUUGCUUACAUAGACUACAUGUUGUAUUUGCAGUUUCCAUCUUUAACUUGUACUUUGAAUACGCUUUGGUAGGUAGUAACUGUUGCUUUAUUGAUUCUUUUGUCGAUAAGACUAUAUCUGGGAUGUUUUUCCAGCUUCGAAAAAUGUUUCUACUGUUCUUUGAUAUACUUCAUCACUAUCUUGUAUUGAAACCGUGUAGAAUCCUAACCAAGGUUGGUUUCUAACUCUUUCUUCAUAUAGUCUUUGAAGGAUACUUCCUAGUCUGCGUUGGAUCUGUCUAUAGUUGUCGUCUUUUAACUCCACUCUUUCCUGUUCAUAGCUUAAUACAGACUUUUCCUCUAAAAGGCUCAAGUCAGCUUUGAAAUGUUCCUUUGCGUACCUUGUUGCUUCAACAAAAGUUGACUUGAAGUUCUUUUUGCUUUUGUAAUGUUGGAACGAGCGUACCAGCUUUAUUCUUGGAUCUUUGCUUAUGUUAAUGUGAUGUGCCACCUUAAUUUUUGAGAUCUUAUAGGUAUCCUCUACAGACUUGAAGCCCCUUCCACCACAUUUCUGUGGCAAAUAGAGCAUUGCUAUUGUGUUUUCCUUUAUGCAUCUCGACUAUCUUUCUGCUUUUCCUGUCAAGAUUUUGAAUAUCUGCUAUCAACCAAUUACUUGUCCCCAUGAAGUAUUCUAAUGUAGGCAAAGCAAAGACGAUGCAAGCUGUCUGUUUUCUUGGUACUGACAAGGGUGAUGACCAUAUAACAUUCAAUCUUCGUAGAUACUCUGGUCAUCAUGGCUUUCUUUAGCUCUUUAGUCAUAUGAGGCUUGUUGUUGCCCCUGACCACGGCUGUUUUCUUCGGGGCAUGCUUAUCAAGAAUUUUCGUGAUGGCCCCUUCAAAUUCCUCGUAGUUUUCUAUUUUACUUGUUUGGAGGCUAUAAUUGACUUCAGCUAGAAAAUCUUCAUGAGAAAACGUCUCGUAAUUUCUAUAUUUAAUAAUUGUUGGUUCCUUCUUAACAUACGUUGUUUUGAGAAUUGUGUAAAUCAUGUGAUGAUAGUCACUGAAGCUUGUCUCGAAAGAGUGACGUUUUUGGAAACUGUAUUUCGAAUUUGUUAUUAGUAGGUCAAUACAUCGACCAUGAGUGCUUUUGAAACAAGUAGGUGACUUUAAAACAAAUAGGUGAAUUUAAAACAAGUAGGUGAAUUUAAAACAAGUAGGUGAAUUUAAAACAGAUUAUACAACUCCCUUUCUUGAAUUAAUGUUUUUAACACAGGUGAUGUACAUCCAACUUGUAAGGUGUUUGAAAUCCCGAUAUUUAAAACCCCGAUAUUUAAAACCCCGAUAUUUAAAACUGAGACGUAGGAAAGGAAGCAUCCAAUUUUGUUUCCGCAAUCACCAAAACGUCAAGUGCGUUUUGUAUGAGGUUGACAAAGUCUCUGAAUUUAUUCCUGACAGAGUUCAAAUGAAUGUAGCUUAUUAUCAUAUUUUUUUGAUGCUUAUUUCGUAGUAUUUUUAAGUUUUUGAAUGAUUCAUUCUCCUCAAAGGUAGGGUUGUCAGUUGCCAUUGUCUCUAAGGUUUCUAUUUGGCCUUCAACUCCAGCCCCAAGGCCAACCGUAUCAUUCUGAUUGUAUAUUAAAUGUCCGGGUGCUGGACCUUCAGAAGUUAUUAUUAUAGUUAAGUAGAUUACCCGCAAAAUACGCAUUACCUUUUCUAUUUAAAUGUAGCAUACCUUUAUUUUAUCAAUGUUUGAAUGAUCGAUCAUUCCAAUUUUCUCUUCUACGUUUAAUGCCGUUAAGCGUCUGUUGAUGUCAUCCAUCUUUGCAACAAGUCCUGGUUUGUCAUUUCUUGCAAUUAAUGCGGACACGCAGAAGUUUGAUGAAUUUCCUUUCGAAUCACCCCUAUUAUGUCUUUGAAUGUCUUGUAUGUGUCUACAUUGCUGGUUAGAUCUUUUGAACCUUGGUGCAGUACUACUCCAUCUGGUUUUCGUCGCAGAACUGGUUUUAGAUGAUCCAUGAUGUCUAUAGAAUUUGCGCCUGGGUGUGAUCGAACUCGAGUGUUGUGUUUUCGACUGAGGCGAUUUUGCUCAAUAUCCUUGAGCAUAGAAUCUCCAAUGAUGGUAAUAUUCAUUCUAUCAUUUCUAUUAUUUCUUUGGAUGUGACCGUACCAAUGACGUCGUCGGACACCCGUCCUACCAAUAACGUCGUCGGACAUCGUCCUACCAAUGACGUCGUCGGACAACCGUCCUACCAAUAAUGUCGUCGGACAUCCGUCCUACCAAUAACGUCGUCAGACAUCCGUCCUUCCAACGACGUCCUCGGACAUCCGUCCUACCAAUGACGUCGUCGGACAACCGUUCUAUAAAUAACGUCGUCGGACAACCGUGCUACCAAUGACGUUUUCUGACACCCGUCCUACAAAUUAUGUUCGUCGGACACCCGUCCUACCAAUACUUCUAGAAGUACCACGUUAAUUAUCAUCAAAAUUCUCAGUUUUGGAGAAAUAAAAUGGACAGCAAGCAUUUCUGGAUUUUCUUAGUAAUUUCAAAAUAUAUGGGUUUUUCGAAGGAAAGUAGUAGGUGGUAACCCAGUGUUGGAUAUUCAACAUUUUACUGUCUAACCUUUCAGCAAAGUAUACUUAUCCUAGCUAGACCCUUGUGAUUCUGGUCAUAGACUCGGCUUGUAAAGGCCGUGUAUGCUGUUGUGCAUACCUGUUCAUUUUCCCAUAACGCAUUUAAGCCUGUCAGAUGUGUUUAGAAUUUCUUUUCGACCCACGAAAACUAAUCCCCAGAUUUUUUGUAGGGCCCAUUACAAAAAGUCGUAUUUUGGCUUUUCUUGCUAAAGAAAACUCGAAACCCUCUCUGGUUGUGCUUUAAAGAAGGCAAUGUUUUCGAUGUUUUCAUAAAUUCCGACAUGCAGUUGAAAGCUUUCGUCUUUGAACUUCAACGUAAAUCCUUUCACUUAAAGAUAGCGAUCUUAGGUACCUCACAGACUCAUCUGCCGCGUUCACAGGCAGACGAAAAAUUAUCUCCUUUUUUCAAAGCACUUGAGUGAAUCUAGCACGAGUUUUUAGAUUAAUUUUCAGAUAAACAUUGCUGUCUGGAUAAAGAGUUUUUCCACAUGCCUACGACGUGUGUUUUCAACAGGAAAGAGCCGAUUUUGAAAACAGAUUUUUAUUAUGAUUCGUUUUUCAUUAACAAAGCACAUUCUCAAUUUAUACAUAAGUUCGGCUUUGUAUUUGACGGCACGUCUGUAAUCGUUUUCUGUAAACACGCAACUUUGCUUAUAGCGAAAAAGUUGUUAAAACAACUACUAGCAUAUUUAUGCUUUGUAUAUGGUUCUAGAGCUUAAAUUUUUACAAUGUUUACAUCUGAUAAACGUUAGCAGUACGAAAACUGCAUUUGCACCCAUUUCAAAAUAUUGAUUUAGAACUGUAUUUGUCAAAAUUCACUGUCAAAAUUCAGAUAGUUUGAAAUAAUGAUGUCAAAAUUGAAAAUGGAAGUCAUUUUUAAACCAGGUAAUCCAGGUGUAAUUUCUGCCAGUUUAUAGGGUACUUUACAAUAUUAUAAAACCUUGUUCUCAGGCACUUCCCGCCUCCUAUAUGAAGCUUUGUUCUGCUUCAGUUGAAGAAUAUUUAGAGGAUCUUGACGGUGUAGCCAUUCACACCCUGGAAUGCAUGUUUCUCUAUCAACUGCACGUGUCUUCUCUUACUUCCAUUUUUUGAGAAGUUAAGAGAGUCUAUUCAAACGUGACAUCAAGUGAACCAAGUGAUCUUCCUUGUUGAUGACACGUCUACCACAGCACUUGAAACUUAUUCCUUAGCUAUUACUGGAUAAUUUAGCUAAUAUGCUAAUAUAUGUGUUUACAUAAUGUGAUAAGAGAUUUACAAGUAGCGAAAAUAAUUACAGGGUGCUCAGUCUCUUUUUAUUAACGGUUACCACUACAAUGAUUUUUCAGUUUUAAAUAAGUUUUUACUGGAGAAGUGGGGAUGGGGAUGAUGAGGUGGUAAACAGGCUGAAAAGUAGUCAUCUAAUCAAUUUAUAGUUUGUAGUUGUAGAAAAAUCAAUUUCGAAACGACAAUACUCGAGUCGCAUUUUAUUCAUAAAAAGGAAAAUUUAGACUUGGCAAAGUUUUCCCUUUCUUAUAAAAAAGAGUUUUGUUAUAUGGUUUUCAGUACAUUUUGGAAUUUAUUAGGAAUAUUUCCCCCUUAUCCCUCCAUAUUGCCCUCCAUAUUGCCCUCCAUAUUGCCCUCCAUAUUGCCCUCCAUAUCACCCUCCAUAUUGCCCUCCAUAUCGCCCUCCUGUUCCUUUUAUCUUUAAUAUGCUAUUUGUCGAGGUGCAAUUCACACUUGCAAAUAGCGUGCGAGAUUUUGCCUGAAACAAAAGGAUUUCUGGGUAUUUUCAGCUAAUAAAACAAUAGGAUUUUCACAAAAGAUGUAAGAGAUUUUUGUAGAGUGGUUUUACCUCUCGCUAUUUGUGACUUGACCCUCCCAACUUCCAUUUUAUUUCAAAAUGACAACACUUCUUGGUGUCUUACAUUUUAAUUAAAAACAUAAACUUCACCUGUUUCAACUGAAGUGAGAAAUAGUAGUCCAAGUUUUGAGUUGCUUUUGUCAAAUUGGUUAUCAGCCAAAAAUCUGUGCGUCCCGUCAACGUUUAUCUUGAUCACGUGUUUAGACAGGUGCAAGUACUUUUGUCUUCCGUAUCCAUCAAUAUUUCGUAUUAAGGGCAUCGAAUGAUUGUUUUCCUGCUCGAUGAGUAGAUUCAAGCAGAUGCGCGUUUUCUCAGCUAUACACAACACGCUGAGAUUUAGCUUCAGCUCCGAACACCAAACUUGGCCUAUAGACAGCGGAAAGUGGUAACAACUGUUUUGGUAGUUUCUCCCGACUCUGCCACAAUGUCGUCCACAAACUACACAAACUUCACGUCGAAUAGCAACCUUACAUCGUCUAUCUACAACUUGACUGUGUUAAAUGAAACGAUGAGAAGCUCCUUUCCCCAGUCGUAUACCAAAGCUGGAGCUAUCGAGAUAACCUUUCUUGUCUUUUUGAUGAUCGUUAUCAUCUUCGGCAACAGCAUGGUAUGCCUAGCUUUCUCCAGUGUUGACCGUCAGCUCAGAACAGUGACAAAUUAUUUUGUCAUCAAUCUAGCAUUAUCGGACAUAUUGGUUGGUACAUUUUCGAUGUCGUUCUGGCUUUGCAUAAGAACCGGAACUAUUCAAUAUUCUGAGACAGCUGGAACAGUCUAUAUGGCUUUUGACAUCCUCUGCGGAGCAGCUUCAAUUCUUAACCUUACUCUGAUUAGUGUAGAAAGAACAAUUGCCGUUAAAUUUCCUGCGAAGCACCGGAAUUUGUCCCGUAAUAGACCCAUAAUUCAUGGUGGCAUUGCAUCUGUUUGGAUCAUAUCAAUAAUUCUUGCAGUGCUGUUUGGUUUUGCGCUACCCGCUUUGACACGAACUAGACAUCUAAUUUUAAUGUUGGUUAUCAUAACCUUUGUUAUUCCCACAAUGAUUAUCAUCUUUUCCUAUGUAACAAUAUUUCACUCGGUGAAGACACGAGAAAGCUUCCAUCAUACACUCAGGUACGAGGUUCGUCUAGCUGCCAUGAUUGGAAUAGUCAUUAUCCUAUUUCUCCUAUGCUGGUUUCCCUUCUUUCUCUUUAAUCUCCUAGCUGAGUAUUGCUCGUGUUGGAGUGCGAGUUUCUCAAAGCUCAUACCGGCUGUGAAGUACUUACAUUAUUCGAACAGCACAAUGAAUCCGAUUAUAUACGCUUACAGAAACUCAGAUUACCGAAGAGCUUUCAAAAAGCUGUUUUAUAAAUUUAUGACUUGCGGGCGGUUUGCGAGGUAUGAAACGAGAUCGGAGAGAGCGAUGUCGGCCAGAUCUACAUUGGCGUCACAGGCCCAGUCGGCUUACAGAGAAACGGUUUUAGCGAAGGAGCCUGUAGAGGGGGAAAAGUUCGAGACUGACUGUGUCAAUGGAUUUGCAGACGAGAAAAAACCUCUAAGAAAUGGAACGUCAAGGUAGUAGAGAACCAGCUCAUCAAGAUCGUUAAAUCAAAAAUUCAGGUAUUGUUCCUAAGGAUUGUCAACGCGAUUUGCCAAUAACCUGAAAGAUCUGGACUGAUAACCAUGCUGCUAUAAUUGCUGGCCAUCGAAUCUGGCCAUCGAAUCUGGCCAUCGAAUCUGGCCAUCGAAUCUGGCCAUCGAAUCUGGCCAUCGAAUCCGGCCAUCGAAUCAGGCCAUCGAAUCUGGCCAUCGAAUCUGGUCUUCGAAUCUGGCCAUCGAAUCUGGCCAUCGAAUCUGGUCUUCGAAUCUGGCCAUCGAAUCUGGCCAUCAAAUCUGGCCAUCGAAUCUGGCCAUCGAAUCUGGCCAUCGAAUCUGGUCUUCGAAUCUGGCCAUCGAAUCUGGCUAUCGAAUCCGUGGGAAUUUGAUUCGAAAGUAUAAGCAAGGAGUUGUGGGAGACGUGCCUUUUAAUCAGUAAGACAAGCAGAGAAAAGACUGCUUCGACAUUCAAAUAGAUAUGACCGUGUGAUUAUAUCACUAAUUAAUGGCCUUAUAUAGUACGGUGAUGGUAUUACUUAUUAAUGGCCUUAAAAGUUGAUGAUGUUACAAUCUUUUUAUCAACUUUAUGAGGCCAGAACAUAAUGAUUUUAAAUUUAUUUGUUAAUAAAGAUUAGGAUCUGAUAAAUGGCUAUUGCUACAUCCCAGUGUAAACUGAGAUGGGCGAUUCCCCACUCAUUCGCAGCCUACAUUACAUGGAGGCCAGAGAAUCAUUUUGUGGUGAUCAUGUAUCGAAGUCUAAAGACGUGUAGAGUAUUCAUGCUGUUUAAUGUUUUUUCAUUCUAUAAGCUAUUUGUACAAGAAGUGGUAAAACUGUGUUGCUUUGUCGGGUGGGCGAAGGCGAGUUUUUUACCAGCUGCAAAGCAGUAAACGUGUCAUUAAAGUAGAGACUUCUCCUGCCAGAUAGUUGCCUUUCAGUUGGCGGCUUGUAAUCGGGGACCAAAAUAAGGAUUUAAUUCGUUAAACGUAUCCGUAUGAAUCAGCCGAUCAAAUCAGCAAUACCUCGUUUAUGUAAAGUAGAAAUAACGACAUCUGGAUCGGGACGGCGAGAGAUUUGUUCCCUUAAGACCAAACCCUUAUACGUUACCACUGAAAUUCGAUUCCAUUUCCAAGCUGGAUUAGAAUUAGAAAAAGUUCCAAAUUAUUUAGAAAUUACUGCGUAAACGGUACGUGGAGUAGUUAUGGCUGAAAUUUACGGUCGCGCGGUAGGAGCAAAAGAAUGUCAAGAAGAAGUAGCUAAAUGAAAGGUCACGCACCAAAUCUCAUUUAUAACAAAAUGUCCUCAAACCUCUCGUUUUUUGGCUGCCGAUUGACGUGGCAUCGAUUUCAGACAUACAUGUACACGCAUGACAACAAGAUUUUCGUUGUUUCUGCUCUGUAAAUGAGGUUUAACAACUUUAUCACGAAGCUUGCGCUGAGAAAUUUCGUUUCUCCACUCUUUUAGAUUGAACAUUGCAAUGACAUGCCAUAUUGGCAGCAAUACCUGCUGUGGCAUUCCUUCCCUUAGGCCCCUGAUAUCGAGAUUUGCUCCUUCGACCUAAACAACUUGGUAAUUCUCUCAUACAGUAUCGAAUAUUCCUAUGUAUUAAGACCUUUUUUAUUAGAUAGAAAUGAAACUCUAUAUUGAAUAUAUGAUUCCACGCCAGGAAAAUCUUCGUCUUUAUUUGAAUUCAAACUAUUUGAGUGCUAAACUGGAGUAGCUUGCCAAAACUCAGGUAAUUGAAAACAUGCUUUUCUUUUAUGCGGAGCAGCAGUUUAUUUAUGGGGGCAUGCUGCCCUACUGGUAGCCAUCGGUUCUCAUAAUCUAAAACUGAUCUUCUUCAACCGGUCAAUCCCGCUAUGAUGACACCCAGAUUUGAUUCUUGGAUCUGCCCCUUAUGGGCCCUUAUGGUGGGGGAGUAAAAACAGUUGAACAUCGGAGUAAAUGCAGGCUGUGCCAUUUCCGAAUCUUGGUAAAACAGAAACAUUAACAUUUUAGCUAUUCCUUCUUGUUGAUAUUCACACUGUUCAUUAGGACUCGAAAUUGUUUUGCAAACAGCCGCCCUUUUCUACUUUUUGUCUAAUGUUUUUGAUAAAUUCUUCCCGAGGGCUUCCUUUGUACUUUUGAGCAUAAAGAAAAGAAAGCUAAUUUCAUUAAUUCCCCAAUCCAAGUAGACAAAUAGGGCACAGACAAAAUGGUUAUAUAUCCGAGAUGAAAUAACUUGUAUUCCAAUGAAGUGGAAUAAUUUCUAAUCGCAGUUUUCACAGUAAUCGCAGUAAGCCUACUCUUUCAUAAACAUGGAAAUCCAUCCCCUGUUUGGCCUUUUUGCUACUAAUAGUUUCCCUUGAAUGCUGAAUCAUUAUGAGAUUAUUUGGAGACAGACAUUUCUUCACAGGAUUGGUCCAUAUUUGCACUAACGACCUAAACUGUGUACAAUAAAAUUUUGAACAAGGAGGCUGGAAAUGUAGAAAAGUAUUUGAUUAAACCCAUGUCUCUCCUUGCUUAAAUGGUGUCUUCUUAUGGUAACUUUUGGAGCCAGUCUUCUCAAACAUCUCCUCAACUGCAGAGGAUUGUAUUGCCUUUCUCUUCGAAGAACGGAUAAACUCUCCAGUCUUCACGAGAAUCGAACUGCCGCUACCACUGCCACUCACAAAGGCUAUUUAUGCUGGGUUCUCUAUUUGGUUCAUCAGCCGUUCUGAUGGAUUUCCAACAUUGGAAAAAGCGAGAUACCAUAUAGUGUUAUUAGCAAAAAAUUUUAUUAUGAAAAGAGUAUUUUCAACAAUUUCAUUGAUUUUUCCUUAGAAAAUAAAGGCUUUAAGAGGUAACCUUGAGGUAACCUCUCUGUUAUACUUUUCCGGUCAAUCGAUCGAACAAAAUGAGCUGCUGUUCACAGUGAAAUGAAAAUUAGAAGUCAGGCUUGUUGUUGAACAUGUCUACUGUUAUUUUUAUGAGCUGAUAUAACAUGAGAACUUUUCGAGAAAGCAUGAUGGAUUGAUAUUUCUGAAAUUUUUUACAUAGACCAUCCAAAAAUGCUGCAACACUUUCAAGUUUCAUCUCAGUAAUAGGUCCAUUUGUUUCCAGUAGCAUACAAUAUACAUACAAUUAACAACAAGGAGUCAAUGCAUGUACAAUUUCAAAAAAGAUUUAGAUACGCUCUGCCAAGAAGUGAAAUGUGGCUUUUAUUCUGCCAUUUGCGAAAUGUUUGCACAGUGGUGUUUUUAUGAAAGUAAGGCUUUCCAACAUAAUUGAUAUUAGAGCAAGGCCGUAAAGACAAAAUUUCUGCAUGCAAUAAUUGACAAAAGAUAUCAUUUGUAGGUACUUGGAAAUCGUCUAUCGUAUCUAUUAUAACUUAUUUUUUGAACUUAUUUUCUGGAAGUUAAAUUACUGCCAUGAGCUUAAUUUUACACUGCUAAAUUUAUGGCAACCUAGACGUGUUUCUUCAUCAACUGCAAGCUACAAGCAACCAGUUCUGUGUCAGAAUAACUUCAUCGUAGUCAUUCUCUACGAUUGAAACGUGUCACAUUUUAUCACACAGCCUCGGUUCCGUGUACUGCGCACAGAUGACAACAGUUCGUUGUUUCUAGCUCAUAGCUAUUUCUUAAUUAUUAUUUUGCAUUUGGUAUUGCUUUCUAAAAUAAAUUACCAAAAUGAUGUUACCUCAUCCCUCAAAGUUUUUUUUCCUCAAAAGAGCCAUUCAGUAGCUUCUAUCUUGCGUCUUCACUUCCAAUUCAAUAACCUACGUUUCUGCAAUCUAAUUCGGUUUGGAUAUGGGGCGUUGCAUUAUUAAAACUAUCGUGUUUUCUUUAUGUCUAAUUGGUGGUCUUUGGAUAACUCAAUUUUUUAUAUCAAGCGCAGGAAUGUAGUGCUAGGGGGCUCAAGGGGGCUCAAGGGGGCUGAGCCCCCUUGUUAAUGUCGAAAAGUAGCCAAUUUAUACUUUUGCUAUUAUUUUUCGCAGCUUUUUCCGCAAGAGCCCCUCUUGUUAUUUCGAUAGCACUACACCCGUGAUCAAACAAUACUAUACUGGGAGGGAAGGGUUUCACAUCAAAUGCCAAUCAUAAUUUCACUUUUUAUUUUAAUCCCUGCUUGAAAUAUUCUUAUGUGUCUGCUCUUCCAUUUGUAUCCCAAGAUUUUUAUGAAUAUUCUCUAGUUUCUUCAGACCUUUCUGCGGAAUGUCUACUGUGUGGUUAUUGUUGCACUUGUAAUGACAAUUUUUCAAGAAUCCAUCUACUGACCACCAUAGAUAAUUCCUGAUAGAUUGCCUUUCUUUGAUUAAAUUGACCAUAUUCUUCUUCUUUCGAUCGGAAAUAUAACCUGGCCAUCUGUGUAUGGUUGACAUUAUAUAAAUGUUUCUAGUUUUUGUUUUGUAGGUUUCUGUGUUUUUGCAUCUAUUAAUGUCAGGAUUCUUCCGCCGAAGUCUAGAUGGUUCGAUGUUAUGAAUAAGACGCGAUCGAAGUACUGAACUCGCAUCACGUCUUGGGCAACAAUUGGCAUCAGCUACUAUAAAUACAAGCAUUUCUAGAACAGCAAGGUACUUUGAGAGUAGCUCGGAAAUUGUUUUCUGCCUGAAGCCCCAUCAGGUAGGCUUUCAAUUCGCUCAUUUUAAGUAUUUGUUCAACUGACUAGUCAGGUCUGUUUUACAACGGGCCAUACCGAAAACUGAAGAUUGAUAUUUUAUAAGAACAUGAGCCUUAAAAUUGGUCAAAAGUUAAGAA